AUGAAUCUUCAAACUGGAAAAAAAAUGAGUAUUCUGGCUAAAAGAGUUCCAAACAAAAUAUUAAAUCAUAGAAAAAGCGUUAGAAGAUUAUCAAAAACAGGUUCUUCAUUAACCACUACUUCUAAACUUGAAAAAGAACCAACUCCUAGUCAACCUACUACAGCACCAAAUAAGGACCAUCAAACUUCUCAACCACUAACUUCUUUAGCUACUCAUUGA